AUUUUAACUUCAAGUUAUGCCAGUCGAAUUUCAAAUCGCAACGGGGAAGGUUGUCAUUUCAAAUUAUUUUGUCACUUCAAAUUAAAAAUGUUGAAGUUUUUCAUCUUCUCAGCCCUGACUUUUAGCCUUUGUCUGGCUACCCCGUUGGUGGUGGAAGAAAGAUCAGAACCUGUUGUCACGAGUGAGCCACCAAACGACACGACACUUGGACAAGAAAUUCAGUUUGAUGGGGAGGACGAUUAUCCGGAUUUCAAGUACCCAACGACCCCCUCUCCGGGUGAAGGGGGCCCCACCAUCCCGCCAAAUUUGGAACCAGACGAUGAAAAUGAUGGCGGCCUUAAAGUUGUCAAUGGGCCGAUAAUUACGGGAAAUCAGUCGUGUCGUCAUUGUGUUGAUGGCUUCAAAGCGGAGAAAAUCCAGGUUUGGUUGAAUGAGGAAGAUUUCCGAGUGGAGGAUGAAACCUUAACGGGCACGUUGCGGAUUGACGUUGAGGAAAUUAUCAUGCAUGCGGAAUAUGACAGAAAUAAGAUUAAAAACGAUAUCGCUUUGCUGAAACUUUCCCAACCUGUCGACAUUGUGAACACGAUUAGACCAGUCUGCCUUCCGGCCGAUAGUUCGGAAAGUUAUGAUAAUGAAAAGGCAAUCGUUGCGGGAUGGGGUGCAACCGAACAGGGUGGGAGUGUGUCUUCUACCCUGCAAAAAGUAGUGGUGCCCAUCAUUCCGAAUAAAGUUUGCAACUGGAGGACGCUAUAUUUAGGACAAAUUACAGACACCCAGAUCUGCGCGGGGGAGCUAAGUUCUGGCGGAAAGGAUAGUUGUCAGGGCGAUUCGGGCGGGCCUCUAGUCGUGAACAGGGGAGAAAAUGGACAGAAGUUGUUGGUUGGAGUGGUCUCAUUCGGAUUUGGAUGUGCACGUCCAUUCGCACCUGGAGUUUACACCCGCGUUUCAAAAUAUCCAGAAUGGAUCGUGGAAAACAGUGUGGACGCGGAUUAUUGCUCGUCAUAAUUUAAUUUCAUGUUUUCGUUUCAAAGAAAUAAAAUAUUUAUUACAUACACGAGAUAA